AUGUCUUACUCUGCCAGCGAGUCUCGAGUACGAGAGGAGCUUUCUGCGCUGCAGGCUGCUGGUGAUGAGCUCAGUCAGAAAGCGGCUGCUGCCCUGCAGACUCUUCUGGACGAUCUGGCACAGGCGCAUGCAGAUGCAGCAUCAGCAACUCUCAACAACGAGCAGCGAUUCCAUCAGCUUGAGCAAGAGACUAUCACUGCCCGCUGUGAGGCUGAAGCGAGUGUAAAACUCAAGGAUGAAGCCCUCAAGCAGAAGCAGCAAUUGCAGGAUCAGGUUGCCGGCUUGAACAACGAAAUAUCUUCCAUGCAGAAAAAGAUCAAUGACACGAAUGCCGAGUUGCAGCGUGUCAAUGCACAGCUGCAAGAAGUGAAGAGAGACAAGGACGAGCUUGUGUGGACACAUGAACGCAGGAGCCAGGAAGCUGAAAAGGCGAAAGAGGAAGCAAACCAGCUGCGAAAGAGGAGCUCAGAGCAAGCGCAGGAGAGGCAGCAGCUGCUGCUUCAGAUCGAGGAAAUCCGCGACACUCUGACGAAGCUCAAGCACGCGGAGUCCGAGCUUUCCUUCGUCAGCAACAACUUGAGUGAGAAAACGCACGAGCUCUCUAAGCUAUCCACGGAAUCUCACUCGAGGAUCUCACGCCUCGAGCGAGAACUUGCUGCUGAAAAGACCGAAGUCUCUCGUCUGAAUACUGUCGCGGAGGAGUGGAAAAAGUCCUGCAAAGAGCAGGAAGAAGCAUACAGAAACCAGAUCGAGAAGGCUCAAACCGUCACGCAAGAGUUCAAUGCAACCAAGGCUCUCCUUGAAUCAGAUCUUGACAAUAAGAACAAGUUGUUGAAUUUGGCCAAAAGUGCACAAGAAGACAGCGACAAAGAAAUCGCAAAGCUACAAUCUAUGAAUACCGCUCAUCUUAAUCGAGUCCGGGUACACCAGCUUUAUUCACGCAGUGCAAGUCUUAGUGUGUCUGAAUCAUGGAUUGCUCAGGUUGCGGAAGAAACUCUUGCCAAAGAGAAAAGUGAGGCUGCCACGAAGAUUGCAGAGCUCGAGAACAGAUUAAAGGAAGCAGAGAAGACCCGAACUGAGUAUCAGGGAGAGGGCAACAAUGAACUUCUCGAGAAGAUCUUGACAAGCUCUCCAGCUGCAGUUGCUUCUGAAUUUGUUCGUGAUGGCCGCAUUGCUGAAAUCUACAAGGUCCUGGAGGAUACAUGCGAAUUGCUACACAGAGAGCGACAUGAGCGAGUGCAAGCUGAAGCUUGUCUCUCUGAAGUGGUCAAGGAGCUGCAAGAUAAGGGCCCUGCUAUUCUCAGGCAAAGGCAGGAAUGGGAAAGCGCAGUGCAGGCCAAUCAAGUUACCAAUCACAAGCUAGAGGUAGCUCUUGGUGAACUACAAGAAAUGAAAGCAGCCAUGGAAUUUCUGCGCCUUCAGCGCGAGCGAAGCAUGUCUGAUGCUGCUUCAUUGGAACGGCAAAACAAAGAUCUCACUAUGCAAUGUCGUGCUCUAUUGCGAGAAGUGGAAGAGCUGAGAAAUCAGCUUGCGUCACCUGCUGUUCAGCGUGCGUUGGUCAGGAGUAGUUCGCAGGGACAGAACCAAGGCACACCCAACAUUGAUGAGAACAACAUGCCCGAAGUUGGAACUGGAGUAGAUGCUCAGAAUUUCAUCACACAACAUCUUGUGAUUUAUAAGAAUGUAAAUCAACUUCAGGAACAGAACCAGAAGCUUCUGAAGGUCGUUCGCCAACUAAGUGCUGACAACGAGAGAGAAACAGAGAAGAUGAUGCAACAGCUGCGCGAGGAAUAUGGUAAUAAGAUAGACGUGGCUCUAAAGGAGGUCCAGGAGAUCCGACAGGAACGCCAGGAGCUCGAAACACGUGUUGCCAACCUUGUGCAACAAAGAGACAUGUACAGAAUUCUUCUUGCAGAGGCGGACAGGUCUGCUAUUGGAGAAGCCAUGGGAGAGCAGAGCUCAGCAGCAGUUGGAAUCUCAACUAUUUCAGAGGUGAUGUCUCCCGGCUCAAGUGGAGUGAGGACCACAAAGGACGCAAUCAAGAUGUUAGAGCAAGAGAACAACGAGCUCAAGGAGAGAAAUGAGGCUGCCUUGUCCCUCCUUCGCUCUGAGUUAGCGACUGCACAAGAUGCAAAGUUGAAGGCUGAACAGCGUGCUGCACAGUCUGAGAGCGAUGCCUCGUUCCUCCGGGACAGACACAAAUCACUCCAGUCUACCAUGGACUCGAUGAAUACUGAGAUUACGGGGCUCAGAGCCAAGAUCUCUGAGCUCUCCAUGAAUGUCUCGUCAUAUGAACGCAAAGUUUCGGAUCAGCAGACUGAACUCUUGAAUGUCCGUUGGGAGAAGCAGAAGGAGAGUGAUUCUAAGAUUACAGCAGAGACGUCUCUGAAGCACUCAGAGGCCAAGAUCAAUCAGCUCAACCAGGAAAUUGAAGCAAUCAAGAAUGAAAAGAAUCAAAUGCAAAGACUCCUAAACCAGAUUUCGAUGUCAAGAGAUGAAGAUCAGCGACGAUGGUCGGAGGACCUGAAACGAAUGAGUGAAGACUUGGAAAGAAAGGAGAAGGAUCUCACAGACCUUCGCAGCGAGGUUGCCAAAGAAAGAUCGAAGCUUGAUGAAAUGAGGGUAGCUUAUGAGUACAAGAUUGGAGAAUUGCGAGCGUCCAUGAGAAAGUCAGAUGAAGAAAUGGCUCAUUUGCGUGAAGAUAACAUCAAGCUGGAAAGUGCUGCGAAGAACUCUCAAGAAAAGGCGGACUUUUUCCAGAAGCAGCUCGAGUCUGCAGAGUCAAGAUUCAGAGAAGCUCUUUAUCAACAGCAGCAGUCAAGAUCACUCGCAAUCGAGGAUUCUUCGAAUCAGCAUCGCGACAACUGGAAGUCGAUUGCAACGCAGCAUGAGCAGGAGCUUACGACUCUCCGCCAGCAUCUCGACACUAGCAGGGAGAGGGCAGAGAAAGAAAGGGCAGAGCUUGAGGCCCUCCUCUCCGAGAAGACCACCCUCUUAGCACAAAGACAGGAGGCCAUUUCCAAAUUGACCGAGCAGGUUCGGACUGCGACUUCUGAACGAGAUCAGCUUCAGCAGCAAGUCGACACCCGAGAAGGAGGCUUGAAGGCCCAGAUCAACCAGCUGGAGCUGGAGCGAGAUGGUCUUCGUGAACGAUACAAGCUGAGCGUGGAAGAAAACGAGCGACUUGAUGAAAUGAGAAAGCAGGCCCUUGCAGAUUACGAGCGAGAAGUGUCGCAACAUGCCUCCAAGCUGGAGGAACUGCGGCAGAUCCGCUCUCGGCUUGGGUCAGUCAUGAUCAAGCUCGUUGGUAGCAGACGAUGUGACAUGAAUGUUCAGAGAGGUCGAGGUUCAACUCAAAGAAUCCCAGACAGCUCUCGAAGUGCGUCAUUCCCAUCUCAUAUCGAGUUGCCUGUAAAGUUGCGCAUUCAAGAUUUGGAGCAGAAGCUCGCAAAGAUUGACAAGGAGAAGGAAGAACGUCUGCUGUCUUUGUCGGCCUCCAUCUCGAAUGCGGAUGAGAGCAUGGAGCUUCAAGAUGACAAUGACAAGCAGAUGCGAGAGAUGCGAGAGCAUCUCAGACGGUUGAAACACAAGCUCGACCUGGCAGAAGCUAGGUUGCUUGACUCCGAACAAGAAGCUGCUCGGGCCAAGCAGCGUGCAGACCAUGCGAAUCGAGAGUUGGCGGCGGCGCAAUCUAGACUGCAGAUCGAAUUGGAGCGCAACAGCUCAAUUCUCAACACCGAGAGUCAGUUCCAACACCUUCAGGAACAAGUUCGCAGCUUGAGCAUCUUCAAGGAGAGCAACGCUCAACUUCGAACUGAAGCAAAGGAAGCCCAGGACAAAUGCAACGCCCUUGAGAACAAGUUGAAGGAACUUGAAUCUUCGAUCAUGCCGCUCAAGCAGCUUGAUCAGCAAUGCGCGAGAUGGCGAGAGAGAGUGACGGAGCUGUCCAACAAGUUUGGUGGUGGUGGAAUAGAUAUCAGCGAGCAUGAGAAAGUGCGAAGUGAGCUCGAGAAGGAGGCGGAAAAAACUGCGCAGACACAAAUAGAGCAGCUCCAAACAGAAAGCUCCAAGGCAACUCCUAUCACCGUGGAGGCGAUCCGUGCGCAUGAAGAGUUUAAGAAGAUGGAGGAGGCAAGACGUGAGGCUGUUCACCGCUGCAAACAGUUCUUGGACAAGAACCAACGUCAGAAAGACGAGUUGAAGAAGCAGGCCGACGAGCUUCAGAAAAUGCGCGAUGAAAAGAGCAGCCUCAAGGAGCAGAUUGUCCAGGAGCUCGGACAGCAGCAGUCGUCCAACGUCGAGCCUUUGAAGGCUCAGCUUGCAGAGUCCAAGCAGGAGAUCGAAUCCCUCAAGGCAGAGUGCGAGACUCUGAAAUCCAACCUUACAAAACUUGAGAGCGAGAGGGAUCAACUCCAGCUCACUGUCCAGCAGAAGGAGACUGAGAUCAACAACUUGAAGAGCAAGGCAAAUCCAGCACCAGACACUGAGUUGCAGAAGCAGCUUGAUGAGGCGAAGAAAGAGGUACAGCCAUUCCAUGACUGUCGAGGAUUUGUAGGGCUGACUUUGGUCAAGGUGGAGAAAGUGAAGGCAGAGAGGGAGUCCCUGCAGGCGGAGAUGAAGCAGAUCGUCUCGGGCCUUGAGAGCUCCAAGGCUAAGGUCGAUGAUCCUGCUUCCUUGUCUUCGCUCGGAGGCUCAGUGUCGACCCAACAGGACAACAAGAUGCACUCUGACCGCGCCAACACGCUCCUGCGACAGAUCAAGGAGCUCAAGAGCAACGAUGCCACACUCAAGUCCAAGAUCGCGAGCUUGGAGAAGGAGCUCGAUGCCUUCAAGUCGGCAGCAGCUCAGCAGCCGAAGGAGGUUGUUCAGCAGGAGAGUGCAAGUACCGCAGGAAAAAGGACGGCAGGGCACGACCAGGACGCGAGCUCCACUUCUACCAAGCGACACAAGCCCAGCGAGCAGAGUGAAAUCGCAAGUGAGCCCGCGCAAGCAUCUGUACAGCCAACUGCGACAUCGCAGAAAGACGACAACGUAAUCUCUGCUUCCACGCCCUUGACCUUUCCGUGA